CAGGCGUCGUGUGGGGAUUGGAAUGUAGCAGUGUAACAAAUUCAAUCGUAACAACUGAGCAAUAGGUGACUGACUGGACUCGCGGAUCAAGGAACUCUGUUCAUUUUAUUUGUUAAGCAAACAUCCUGUGAAACUCGCGUGCUGUCCUCGUGGUUCUGUACUGAAGGCGAAACCUCACUAUGUCCAGAUGAAGAGAAAAUCUACUUCUAACGUGUGUGAAGGUCUACGGAGAGCACGGGAAUAGGAGAAAUGCGGGGAUUCGUAAGGUUACCGUCGCUCCGGUGAACUGUCCUGUGUCACUUGCACUUUACGUUAUCGUUUCGAAGGUAGAUGGAGUUGAGCUGUGAGGGGUGGGAUUCAAUUUAGUAUGGACAUGUAGUUUGGAAUCAUCGGAUAUAAGCAUCAGUAGCUGUAUUAACAACCACUUUACGUUUUUUUUUCCAAUGGGACCCGCGGCUCUUCAGAGACAAACUCUAUGAGUCGGUGUCGCUGCAACUCUCCAGUGCAAGUCCGACCGUACGACGCAUUUUAUCUAAUGUACUUAAGAGGUGCGACGUAAAAUGUUGCAACUAGACAGACGAAGGAGAGCGCGGAAACCGAUGUAAAUUCGCCCACAUGCGCUGGAUCGGACGCUUGUUGUUAGGUGAUCGGAAUCUGAAGAAGAAGAGGGGAGACGUGAGUUGUAAAUCCUCGCAGGCUGGAAGAUGGCGGAGCAGCACUAUAGCUGGUGGAGGUGCUGGUGAAAGACAAACUUCCAACCGCUUGAGAUUUAUUUGCAAACACCGCGAUCUGGCCUUCAGGACACAUGCAGGCCAAAAAACGAUAUCUAAUCUCGCUCUUGACUGGCGCCUUUCUAGUUCUGCUCUUUUACUUUGGAGGAGGAGGGGACCCGGGUCCGGCCGCCACGGGGUUCAGGAGCCGGCAUGACCGCAGCCGCAAUGGAUAUAAUCGUCCCGAGCAGCCGUGGCCGCACUUCUCGGAUCCUUUACAACACUUCAGCCCGUGGGAUCAGUCGGACACGGAGGAAUAUAACGUUCACAUAUCGCCCCGGCAAAAGAGCGACGUUAACUCGAGCGUUUACAAGGGCAAGAGGUGCCGCAUGCAGUCCUGUUUCGACUUCUCUCUCUGUCAAAGGAACGGGUUCAAAGUGUAUGUGUACCCCCAACAGAAGGGAGAGAAGAUCUCAGAAAGUUAUCAGAACAUUUUAUCCACGAUCGAGGGGUCUCGAUUUUACACCUCAGACCCCAGUCAUGCGUGUCUGUUUAUCCUAAGUCUGGACACUCUUGACCGAGACCAGUUGUCUCCACAAUAUGUGCACAAUCUCAAAACCAAGGUGCAGAGCUUGCCUCUGUGGAACAAUGGUAGAAAUCACCUCAUAUUUAAUUUGUAUUCAGGCACGUGGCCCGACUACACGGAAGACUUGGGCUUUGACAUCGGUCAAGCCAUGCUGGCCAAAGCGAGCAUCAGCACGGAGAACUUCAGACCCAACUUUGACGUCUCCAUCCCGCUGUUUUCCAAGGAUCACCCAAGGACCGGUGGGGAUAGGGGCUUCUUAAAAUAUAACACCAUUCCACCUUUUAGAAAAUAUAUGUUGGUAUUUAAAGGGAAACGCUAUCUGACCGGCAUCGGCUCGGACACGAGGAAUGCCUUAUAUCAUGUUCAUAACGCGGAGGAUGUAGUUCUUCUCACCACCUGCAAGCAUGGCAAAGACUGGCAGAAACACAAGGACGCGCGGUGUGAUAAGGACAACGCCGAGUAUGACAAGUAUGACUACCGUGAAAUGCUGCACAAUUCCACCUUCUGCCUGGUGCCGCGAGGGCGACGGCUGGGUUCCUUUCGCUACCUGGAGGCUCUGCAGGCGGCCUGUGUACCGGUUAUGCUGAGUAAUGGAUGGGAACUUCCCUUCUCUGAGGUCAUCGACUGGAACACGGCUGCUGUGAUAGGGGACGAGAGGCUCCUGCUACAGAUCCCAUCUACGGUGCGCUCCAUUCAUCAGGAUAAGAUUCUGGCUCUACGACAGCAGACGCAGUUCUUGUGGGAGGCUUACUUCUCCUCCGUGGAGAAGAUUGUGCUCACUACUUUAGAAAUCAUUCAGGACAGAGUGCUUCAGCAGAUGUCCAGGAGCACUAUGAUGUGGAACAGUCACCCCGGUGGACUUUUUACACUGCCCCUGUACUCCUCUUACCUGGGCGACUUUCCUUUCUUCUAUGCUGAACUUGGGAUUAAACCGAAUCCCAAAUUCACGGCUGUAAUCCAUGCUGUCACCCCUCUGGUUUCUCAGUCUCAACCCAUUCUCAAGCUCCUCGCCUCAGUGGCCAAGUCCCAGUAUUGCUCUCAGAUUAUUGUAUUGUGGAAUUGUGACAAGUCUUUACCUGCCAAGCAUCGAUGGCCGGCCACCUCAGUGCCCAUUAUUGUAAUCGAAGGAGAGAACAAGGUCUUGAAAGGAAGGCUAGCACUGAACACAACAUUCCCCUCAGACGCUUUCAUUUCACUGAACCGUAAUGCAGUUUUGAAGACAACCAGGGUGGACUUUGCUUUCACAGUGUGGCAGAGUUUCCCUGAGAGAAUUGUGGGAUAUCCUGCCCGCAGUCAUUUCUGGGACAAUAAUAAGGAGCGUUGGGGCUACACCUCCAAAUGGACCAAUGACUAUUCCAUGGUUCUCACCGGAGCUGCCAUUUACCACAGAUAUUACCACUUCCUGUAUACACACUUUCUACCAAAUAGCCUGAAGAGCAUGGUGGACCAGCUGGCCAACUGUGAGGACAUCCUCAUGAACUUCCUGGUGUCCGCCGUCACCAAGCUGCCACCCAUCAAGGUCACACAGAAAAAGCAGUACAAGGAGACCAUGAUGGGUCAGUCAUCUCGAGCCUCGCGCUGGGCAGACCCGGACCACUUCGCCCAGCGACAGACCUGCAUGAACAAGUUCGCCAGCUGGUUUGGCGGCAUGCCUCUGGUUCACUCGCAAAUGAGAUUGGACCCCGUCUUGUUCAAGGACCAAGUCUCCAUCCUCCGCAAGAAAUACAGGGAGAUCGAGCGACUCUGACCAGACUGGCACCCCCUGUCGGACAUUCAACAGGGGGCCGGUAGAGACUCCCUAGAGCAGAGGAGGACCACAGCGCAAGAGCCCGUGGCAAAAGAUCUGCUUCUGUUUUCCCUUCAGCACACAGCAAAGAACAAAGACACCAGGAUGUGAAGGCCUGUGUGGACCUUCAGACAUACAUUACACACUUUUAACCACAAGACGCUGUUUUUUUUCGUUGGUUUUGGGUUUGAUAAUGAAUGCCACAGAUGAAUGAUCUUUCCCAGCACCUGAGCAAGUUGUUGGAAGACAGGAGGGACGCAUCAUUGUGUUAGCACUUCAUCUUCACCGUGCCACCAUCCAUCUUUCUGCCUUUGAUGUCAACGUAGACGCCUGGUCAUCGUGUUCUCCAGUUCGGUUCUUUCCAAGUUGUUGAAGAGAAUGGGUUCAUUGUUAUACGCAUCUUACUUUUUUGAGGUAUUAGGGGGAUUUUUUGUGUGUUCAAAGUCACAAUUGUGGAUCGCUUUGUAAUGAUAUCAUUUCGUUUCAGUGGGAUUGAUUCCGUAAACUCGGUCAGGGUUUCAUUUAGCUUGUUAAACCGCCGUACAAGUUGAAAAGUUCACAAACGCUGUAGAAAUAUUCCAGUGUGCAAAAAAGGCAUUGGAAAUGACCCUUCUUAUUAAUGGCAUAACCAUUUUUAAUGAAAGUCGCAUUAAACGACCAGCAGUAUUUUUUUUUAAAACCGUGCCAAGAACUCAUUAACUGCCUUUUAAGUGGCAUGGCAAACUUUCCCAGUUUAAUUCAUGCAAAUCCACCUUUAAAAAAAUUAAUUAAAAUUCCCUAAAUCCUCACAUUAUUAAACAGCCACGCUUGGAAAAACGUUUGUCGCAGUCGAAAAUUUGCGGCAAAACCAAGGCAGUACCUAAGAGAGCUUGCUUCGCAGGAACACCAUCUGUUUAGGUGAAAAACUUUCGUAAGCACUUUGCAAGUUCAGAGAAUUUGACAUUAUGACAGGUUGCAUUGCAAGGACUUAUAGUCCUAAUUUAGGAGACUCGUCUCUCAUCGCCUCUAUCUUCCCCGUCCGUGUGAAGAAUGAGCUGUCCGUCAAAGCUCAAUGGGACUGCCAUGUUUUGUUCUCUCGCGGGUCUCCUAUUUAAAAUGUGACUCUGCUUCGCAUAUAAAACUCACUCGGCCACAAACAGGCAAAUUUAUGUCCCACGCUUUACCUAGGAAGCGCCAAGCAUAUACUUCCUUUCUAUCGAAAUGAACAUCUUUUCUCAUUGAUUUCGCAUCAGGCGACUGACGCUUGACGCAUCGGGCCCCUUCAGUGUUGUUCUCUAUGUUUUCCAGAGCAGAGAUGAUGAUGUUUUUUUACGUGGAUGGAGCAUUUUGUCAGUCUCUGCUCACAGAUACUUGAAUGUCUGAUGACUUGAAGGGUUUCUGUGCUUUAGUGGCCUUUUUGUGAAGGUGACUGGGCUUAAAAUGUGCCAGCUGUGAGCCAAAGCCUUUAUUUUUCCCUGUUUGACUCAUCAGAAUUGUCAUUGUACACUACAUCAUUUUUGACACUUGAAUAUUUAGGAACCCGGGCGGCAGACUUCACUUGUGUCAUUUAUUGUUUGACAAAUGUCUUAAGUGUUGUACUAAGCUAUUUGAUGUUUAGAAUUGCUAUAAUACUCAUGAAGUGUCGCACGGUUUUAUAGCUAAAUGAACAGCAAUCUCAAAUGAAAUUCCAUCAUGACGUUCAAGUUUAUUAGACACUUACUUUAAUUUAGGUAAACAUUACAUUUCAAGUCUCUGAAAGCUACUGCUAUAGUUGCCCUUUUAACGGUUACAUAAGUUGUACGAUAGCAGUUUAUUUUUAUUUUUUUGAGUUCUUUUUGCCUAACACAAAUGGCCCACAUCUGGUCAAGUUUUAAGUUUAGCAAAACCAUCUCAUUUAACAUAUCUAUGAUUGCUUUUGUUCAAAAGUCACAUCUGUCACUAACUGGCCUCGCACAAUUUUUAAUGGCCAAAUUAUCGACGCUUCAAAAACAUGACUUACUGCUGUACAUACUGUUUUUUUAUACAAAUACUCUACACAGGUAUCUCUUGGAGAUCAUUUUAUGAGGAUAGUUAAAUGUUUUUUUUUCAGUGCCCUUCUCAACAUUGUUAUCGGGGCAUGAGAUGCGCUCAACACUGUCCAGAUGUGUCCAAGGCCCUUGUUAAUGCGGAUUACGCGUAUAGACAACACGCACUAAUACGUGUUAAUGUGUUAAAUCACGCCAGUGUUAUUUUAAUUACCCCGCUUGUUAUGACAAAGCCAUUCAUUUUAAAUUGGCCUCUUUUGAAUGCUGCUGCUGCUACCACAACAUACUUGCAAGAUCACCAAAGAAUGACGCUAAAUUUAAACUCAUGCAAUUGCUGUUUUGUCUUUGGAUCCUUUUCUGGUCUGUCUCAUUUAGUAAGUUGCAUCAAGCUCAUGUUGUUCCGGUGGUAAAAUGACACACACACAGCCACUACGAUGUAUUUGUCUGCUUAGUGCUUGCAUAUUCUGUUUUUAUCAAUAAGCAAUACAGAAAGAUGUUUAGAAACAUCAUGUUUAAAUCUCUGAUCUGUCUUUUAUUGUGCCUUUAAUGAUUGAUUUGUGAGUUUGUUCCCCCAGCUGUCACAGAAAAGGGUAAAAUCGUUCAUGUUGCGUCAGGAUCAGCCGCUGUUAUCAUACACUUACAGUUUCACAUCAUCCGUCAACACUUAACUGUACUUUACAGAUUAGGCUCUUAACCGACCUGCAUGACCACUUUAGGCUAUUUAUGAGUAAAUUCUGUUUUUUCUUUGGCUCCCUCCUGUUCUGACUCUUCAUCCUUGUAAUUAACAGAUUACUUUUUAUAGAGGUAAUAAAGAAAUUGCAAAAUGCCAAUUUUGUAUGAAUGAUUUAUAAGAAAAUGAAUAAAGUCAUAUUUGAUGCUACAAAGAUGUGGUG